UAUAAGGCCUGGCGCCAUAAACAACACAUCUCAAGCAUUCUAUCAUUAACUAUGGACCACUACGCGACUCCAAUGAGCCAAAGUUCCAUCCCAGGCCCGUCCCAAGACGAGCCUCAACUGCAACCCCAACGUGCCGAACCUGUGCCAUUCGAUAUGUAUGCCGAUCCAUCUCAGUACGCUCCACUUGGGCCGGCUCCCACAGCGUACGGAAUGGAGACCGCAUUGUUCGAUGCUGGUAUGGAACCAUAUGGACUGCCCCCCCUCAUGCCGGAUAUGAUGGGGCCUGCAGCCGUUCCUUCAUUCGCAGCGCAUUUCCCCCAGUCUCAAAUGGUCCCAGAGCCAUUGUACGACCCCUCCUUCCCUCUUCCAUUUAAUAUCUAUUUUCUCGAGUCUCAAAUGACGCCUGAGCCAUCGGACCGCCCCUCCUCCCCUAUUCCCUUUGGGGUCUAUUUACCCCAGCCAUCCCCACCCUCCACGAUACAAUCCCUCAACGACCUACUCCUCGAGCCUGAACCCGUACAGGAAGGACGGGUACUACGGAAGCGCAAGGCGGUAAUUAGAGAUGGCGCGGGACGCAAGACUCGUACGAAACGCAAGGCGGUAAAUAGUGUUGGAGCGGGGCGCAAGACUCGUACGAAAGGCCCACGUCUUAACUAUGCCGCACGUCCCAAUUUCAAACGGGUCGUAAAGCACGGCAAGGUCGAGUACAAAUGCCUUCUUCCGCAGUGCAAAAAUACAGAUUCGAUGCAAAAUUGCAGCUUACUGAAGCAUAUCGGAUCGAAGACGCACAAUGAGGGGGGCACCGGUGAGCAUUUAUGCCCAUAUUGUGGCGGGGAGUUAAGUCGCUCGGACUCUUUGAAGCGUCACAUGAGAUCUUGUUCCGAAGGACCUGGUGAUGACGACUCGUCGGAAGAUUGA